GGAGGGUGGGCCUUAGAUCAGAGUCGGGGGUGGCUGUAGCCGCCCCGGCCACUGCCCCGGCAACUGCCUGCGCUGUUGCUGGCUAAGCGGAUAACAAAGUCGUGUAAACUCGCCUUUUGGCCAGUCAAUUUGGCUGAGCGGCUUACGGGUCAGCUAUGCAAAUAUGCGCAAGAGUCCUCGAGGGCACUUGCCCAGGCCGCACUGAAACCCGCGCAAGCAAACAAAAAGCGCAACACGCGACGCAACAAAGGAUCACUGAAGAUGGCAACGGGCUGCCAGAAUGGGCUUGGAAAUGGGUAAGGAGCACGCGCAAUAUUAUCCUUUCGCAGCCCUUCCGCCCUUGCCUUGCCUUGAUACACGCAACCAGUUCCAACUCUAGGGCUUCUAUCAAGCCAAGCUACCCGUGCUGAAGCGAAUACUUUGACGAUUCCUAGAACGAAUGGCAGCAGCUUCGCUACGUUGCAGGCCGGAGAAAUUUUUACGAAUUUGCUGCUGCCGCGCGGCGACAAUAAACGGGCCAAAAGGAAAAGCCUUUUGUGCCAACCGUUUUAGCAAACGUUUACAGUUUACAGUUCUGUUUAUGUCUUUAUGAUUAUUGCAAUUAGAGGAAAGCAGCAAAACACCCAGCAGCCGUCCCGCUCGCCCACCUACCCGAGGCUCGACUUAAUUACGCGCCCGUGGGACGUCCUGCGCACGUCUCAAGGCAACUCAAGGACACGGCCCGCGCAGGGGAAAUGCUCGGGCGCGGAUAACUUGCUGCAACUCGCGAUGAUAAUGGGCGCGAUGGGUAGGUAAUAAGCUGCGCAGCAGGUAGGCCGGCCAUGAGAACUCGCCACUCGGCCGGAUAAAACGUUGCCAGGCCGGAUAAGCGCUGCGCUACCCCUGCCAGCAAUAAAUCUGGCUAGGUCCUGGCCGGAGGGGUAGUGCGCGCAGCAUGUGUCAAAGUGUCAUGCGCAGGGAUAUUUAUGCGCUAUGACGAGCGCGUGUGCCGUUCGCAGUCCGCAAAUCGCAGCUCGCAGUUCCACCACUCUGGCUAUAUUAAGGCAGGAUCAGAGAGCAGAGCAGCUCAUUCGCAAACGCAGCAGCGUCGCGCACACAUCGUUCAUUUCGCUUAGAGGACAUAAGACACAGACGCAAUGGCAGCCACCAAUACGCACAGCCACAGCUACUAUGCCGACAGCAUGUACAACAUGUACCAUCACGCCCUGCCACCCACAUACUACGAUAACACCAGCAACGGCAGCAGCAGCAGCUACUACCAGAGCAACUCCAUGGCUGCCACAGCAGCCAGCUGGCAGCCGGCGAGCUACCAGGCCGGCAGCUACGCACAGUACGGCCCGGAGAGCUACAGCGAGAGCUGCUACUACGCCAACUACCAGCAGACCGUCCUGCCACAGCCCGAACUCGCUGCAGUGCCUCAGUACCAGCCGCCAGCAGUCGCCGAGCCCUUCACCAAAGCCCACUCGCCCGCGCCCGUCAAGAGCCGCAAGCGCAAAGCAGAGGAAUCCGCUGCCGAUAUCAUUGCUGCCGUGGAGGAGCGACCCAGCACCUUGCGCGCCCUGCUCACCAAUCCCGUGAAGAAACUGAAGUACACACCCGAUUAUUUCUACACGACAAUCGAGCACGUGAAGAAGCCCAGCAAGAGCAGCUCCGCCGGCGAGCUGUCGCCCUGCUAUGAGCAGGACUAUGCCGUGCCCACGCCCUCCACACAGCAGACGCACAUGUCGCCGCAGCGCAGCACCAGCGAGGAUGUCGACUAUCUGGACGUCUACUCGCCGCACAAGCAGGCCAAGCAUGGCGACUUUGUUACACCGCCGCCGGCUGCCACCACGCCCGCGACGCCCGCCUCUCUGGUCGAUGGCAUUGGCAUCAGCACGCCACCCCAGUCGCCGGCCGAGAAGUCGCAUGAAAUCAAUCAUCGCAUUGUGACAGCUGCCACGGGCAACAACGAAUUCAAUUGGUCGCACAUUGAGGAGACUCUCGCAUCAGAUUGCAAAGACUCCAAACGCACUAGGCAAACCUACUCCCGCUACCAGACGCUCGAGCUGGAGAAGGAGUUCCACUUCAAUCGGUAUAUCACACGCCGCCGUCGCAUGGACAUUGCCCAUGCGCUCAGCCUGAGCGAGCGCCAGAUCAAGAUCUGGUUCCAGAAUCGACGCAUGAAAUCCAAAAAGGAUCGCACUCUGGAAGCCUCACCCGAGCACUGCACCAACGCCGGCUACGGCUCGCUGUUGCCGCCCCUGGAUGCCACCACUGUGCCGCCACAGCCUCAGCCGCAGCCACAGCCGCAUCCACAGGCUGCUGCCAUGCCCUAUGCCGCCUAUCCCGCUUACUUGCCCGCCACACAGCAGAGCUAUGAUUACCCGCAGCAGUCGCCGCCGCUGCCACUCCCGCCACACUUUGGCCAACAGUACGAGGCGCAGUACACACCGCAAUAUCAUCAACAAACGCAGCAGCAGUGCAGCUACCAACAACAACAACAACAACAGCUACGGCAACAGCAACAGCAGGAGCUGAGCACCUCCAACCAGGCGCUGUAUCAUCUGCCGCUGCCCUAAGUCAGCCCGCACACACACACACACACACACACUGAAGCACACACACACUGAGACACACACACAACCGGAACAAACGCGCCACAAAUUCUCGACCAUUUGCCGGUGACACGCAAAUGUCUAACGAGAUGCUGCGCAGUCGCAGUUACAGUCGCAGUCGCCGCACAGCGCACUCCCUACGGUGCCCAGGACACAAGCAUAGGACGAGUGCGCAUGUGCAUAG